UUAAUUUGCAGAAUCUCUUCUGGGUCAUAAUUUUCUUGAAUUAAUUUCAUCAAAGAUCAUAUCUUUUUAGUAAUGGGGAGGGUGAAGCUGAAAAUCAAGAGAUUAGAGAACAUUAGUAAUAGACAAGUGACGUUUUCGAAACGAAGAAAUGGGAUCUUGAAGAAAGCAAAGGAGUUGUCGGUUUUAUGUGAUAUUGAUAUUAUCCUUCUUAUGUUUUCUCCUACCGGAAAGCCUACAUUAUUUACCGGACAACGCAGUAAUAUUGAUGAGGUUAUUGCAAAGUUUGCUCGAUUAACACCACAAGAAAGAGCAAAAAGGAAAUUGGAGAGCCUUGAGGCUUUGAAGAAAACGUUCAAGAAGCUGGACCAUGAUGUAGCUAUACAAGACUUUGCAGGCCGAAGGUUGUUGACAAUUCUUUUUAGCUUUGUACAUCUUUAUGUUGUGAUGCAACGCCUAAUGUUAGUUUCUUUGGUUUGGUUGUGUUGCAGCAGUCAAUCAGCUGAGGAUUUAAGCAAUCAUGUGAUGAUGUUGCGAUCUCAACUUGCUGACUUACAUAAGCGACUAAGUUAUUGGAGUAAUCCAGACAAGAUCGAGAACAUUGAACAUCUUAAGCAGAUGGAAGAUUCCUUGAGAGGCUCACUUGACCGCAUUCGUAUACACAAGGACAAUCUUGGACAACAAAAGCUCGUUCCACUAGAUUGCACGAGCCAGUUCCAAAAUGGGUUGAGUUUGCCUCUGAUGAUGUCCAAUACCCAAGAGGAUCAGACCAUACCGUGGCUUCCAAACAAUGAAAAUCAAAACCUAAUCUUACCAGAUAAAGAAGGUUACAUCCCUCACAGAGACGGGGAGUGUUCUGGGGUCUCCAUUCCAAAUUAUUCUGGCAUAUUUGAUGCUGACAAACAGCUAGAAAUAGAUGGCUUGUGCAAAUUCGACCGCACAAGGCAGGACGGUGGUUUGGCUGAACUGUGUAGUACAUCGACUUUGAGACCACAAUACAAUGAGCAAUUCCCGUUUAAUCCAUUUGGCAGUUAUGGUUUUGCACCACCAAAAGAAAUGAAGGCCGACAGAUCAACAAACUUACAAGGAUUUUUGGAUUAUUCAACAAAUUGCAACUUCGAGAUGCCUAGGCCCGUCUACAAUGAUAAUAUAUGUCAUGCCUGGAACCUUGAGCCCAACCCUUAUCCUCUCCCCAUGAUGGAUGCAAACUCAUACCCUCAGCCACAGCAACAAGAUCAUCUGAUGACAAGCCACCACAGCUGAAGGACCAUGCUUAUUGCACACGUAUGUACAACUUCUGGUCCGAAAAGUUCACAUGAUUUUCCCAAGUUUGUUUAAAGUAUAGGUGAAGUUAUGUUAUUCUAGUUGUAUAGUAUGCAUUAUAAAGUAAUAAUGCAUCUUAUAGUAUCUUUGAUCUUUUCUAUAACCGAAAUGUUAUUUACUUUUUGCUAAUGAAAUGGUGACGAUAGUUCAAAUAAA